GUAGCCGCGCGCCAGUAAUGAGCUUCACGCCGGCACCGUCGGUCGUUUAAGUCACCGCUCUUGUGUUCAUCCAUCAACUCAAGUCGGCCGUGUUUUUAUUAUUCGAAUUAAUAAAACACUACAAUUCGACUGGUUUUUAUCCGAACUAGGUGACCGCACAUUUAAUCAUGUUUUUUGCAAUUUUGGUGUGUAUCAGUGACCGUGAUAUUGGUUUAAUUUCAAUCCACGCGACGUAAACAAUCUUAUGAAAAUAAACUUGUAACAAAUUAUGUUAAUCAUAUAAUCUUAAACGAAAUAUUUUUUACUUAAAAGUUAACGAAAUGGUAAAGCGAGUCAGUAAACAUCAUUAUGUGGCCACGCCGGGUGAAAAUAGACACCGUCAUAGAUCAUCAGAAACAUUGCCGUACGUUCAUCGAGGGUACUCCACUGAUGGCGAAGAUAGUCAAAGAACGUUAUCAGAGUACACCAUUGCGACCGAUAGACCUUCAUCGCGCGGUCAUCGGACUCCUAGAUCUAAAAGAUCUCGAAGUUUAGAGAGACCAUCGAGUAGUUCCAGGGCUCGGUCAGCAGCCAGUCAUCGAGACUCGGAUGUUUAUGUGACCAGCGGUGUCUAUAGACCGCCAUCUGAAAUGAGCCGAGGUUCUCAUUACACGAAUAAGAGCAAUCGAAGUAGAGGGGCUCCCAGUCACUAUUCGUACAGAAGUAACGGCAGAGCACCGUCCGAAGUUUCCACUGUAAAGUCUAAGAUAACGCGCAAACCAGGCGUUACCAUAGAAACCAUGUCAGCACCUAACCCGUUUUGUCCAAACACCAAGGGUAUGUGUUGUUUAAUGUUAUUGCUCAACUUAGGACUGAUUUUGGUCACGCUGGGAUUUGUGAUCGUUAUUCAGUUUUUCGAACCUCUUUUUGUUUGGGUACUUGGUAUCGUGUUUUUAAUAUUUGGAUUUUUAACACUCAUGGGUAGUCUCAUUUAUUGUGUCACUGUCUGUAGAGAUGCCAAAACCCCAAAAGAAGUCGCUAUGCAGAAUCACUAUUGGACACAUCAUUGGCAAAAGAGUUUUGGUGCAACACCUGAAAUACAUUACAAAACAGAAAAAUAUCCGCCACAGCCCAUUCAUUCAGACCAUGAUGAAUACAGCGAUCGCUUUUCUAUUGGCAAGCAUUCAGACCGGCAUAUGAAUGGACGAAGAUAUUAGUUAUUAAUAAUAAGCAAUAAAUUAUGCAAUGUAAAUAAAUUUUAUAUAAAAUGAAAUGUUAUACUUUAUAUUUAUUGUUAUAGAUGUUUAAAUACUUUUUUAAUUUCUUUUAUGGUAGAUAAUUUUAAGUUAUUGUGAUAAGAGUAACUUGAUUGAAAAUAUUUCAGUUUUACUAAUGAAUACUAAAAAUAUAAAUUUUGAGAUUUUUUUCUGAAUAUUUAAAAAAAUUCAGGUUGUCAACAUCCAGAUAAAACUUUUUCUUUUUGAGGCUACAAAAACAUUAAACGUAAAAAAUAUCUAUAAUUGAAUGAAACAAUAAAAUAAAUUUCCGUUGUGUUCAUAAUAUUGUUAUAAAUUAAAAU